AUGCUAGACUGGGUGCGCAGCUACCUUUGGCCUCCCAGGUGCGAGGUGGAAGACGACGACGCAGACGCAGAGGCCAACCGCCGCUAUGCAAGUCUCUUCUUGAAGCUGGACCAUAACGGGGACGGGAAGGUGGACAUCACCGAGCUGCAAGAGGGUCUCAAGAACUUGGGCUUCAUCUUAGAAGGCGAAGGGAUCCAGAAGGAUACUCAUGGUUUUGGUGCUAUUAACAAAGAGAACCCACUGAACUUUGAGAAAUUUUCACAGUACCUUAGAGACCAUGAGAAAAAAAUGAGAUUGGCAUUUAAUCGGCUAGACAAAAAUCAAGAUGGAAUAAUUGAAGUCUCAGAAAUUGUCCAGGCUCUCAAGGUACUAGGUGUAACUGUUUCUGAACAUCAUGCAGAGAAGAUUCUUCAAAGUAUCGAUAAUACUGGGACAAUGACUGUGGACUGGAAUGAAUGGAGAGAUCACUUUUUACUUAACCCAGCAGAAAACAUUGAGGAAAUUGUACAGUUUUGGAAACAUUCUACUGGAAUCGACAUCGGAGAGGGUGUAACUAUUCCUGAUGAAUUCACAGAAGAAGAAAGAGAUACUGGCCAGUGGUGGAGACACCUACUGUCAGGUGGGAUAGCUGGUGCAGUCUCUAGAACCUGCACAGCACCCCUAGAACGUCUGAAAAUCAUGAUGCAGGUUCGGAAAUUCAAGUCACAGAAAUUUCAUCUUAUUAAUGGAUUUGAGCUUAUGUUGAAAGAAGGAGGCUUCCUAUCCCUUUGGAGGGGAAAUGGUGUAAAUGUUCUUAAAAUUGCACCAGAGACAGCUAUUAAGGUCCUAGCAUAUGACAAGUUUAAGUUAUUCCUUCACCAAGACAUUGUUGAAAUAAGAACUCUUGAGAAAUUUAUUUCUGGUUCUUUGGCUGGAGUAAUUACACAGACCUUCAUCAACCCCCUGGAGGUUCUGAAGAUCAGGAUGUCACUAGGCAGAACUGGAGAAUAUAAAGGGAUAUUUCAUUGUGCCAUGCAGAUCCUUAAGCACGAACCCCUUAAAACCUUUUACAAAGGCUACUUCAUUAAUUCUCUGGGUAUUAUUCCUUAUGCUGGCACAGAUUUAGCAGUCUAUGAGAUUUUGAAGAAUUAUUGGCUUGAUAAUUAUGCCGAAGACUCUGUAAACCCUGGGGUAUUGUUGUUGAUGGGAUGUGGUGCCUUUUCUCACUUUUGUGGUCAAUUAGUCAGCUACCCUAUAAACUUAGUGAGAACUCAAAUGCAAGCCCAAGCCUUUGUAAAAGGAGCUCCACAGAUGCACAUAUCAGAUUUCGUUAAUGAAAUAAUUACCAAAGAUGGGCCAACAGGCUUCUUCAGGGGUGUCACCCCCAAUCUUUUGAAGGUGUUUCCAGCAGUUGCCAUCAGUUGUGUGGUUUUUGAAAAAACAAAACAAACCUUGGAAGUUUAG